UGAGCUGGUGCAGUGCAAAAACGCUCGCUCAUCCUCACCGAUGGUGUGCAGAACAAGGGGGACAUAAAAAAAAAACCUUCUGAAACUAAAAACAUCCAUAUCCUUUUCUUAAACAAACAAAAAAAUCCACAACAAAAAUUCAUCAUGAGCUACGAUUCCUUCUUCUCCUACCGCCGCCCUUGGGACAGCUACAGAGGCUCCCGAACCACCACCAAAUCCUCCAUGUCCUCCUCUUUGUAUUCUUCUCGAGCACCUCCGUCCGGGAAGAGGAUCGUGAGGCUGGCCUCCUCUUCCCUGCCUGAUGGGUCAGAGAGGAUGAACCUGGCUCAGGCCAGCUCGCUCAACACAGAGCUGCUGGGCCUGCGUUCCCAGGAGAGGGAGCAGCUUGUGGGUCUGAAUGACCGCUUCGCCACCUACAUCGAGAAGGUGAGGCACCUGGAGCUGCAGAACCGGGCCCUGCUGGCCGAGCUGGAGGCGCUGAGGAGGCGGCAGAACGACCCGUCCCGUCUUCAGGCGCUCUACGAGGGGGAGGCGCGGAGUUUGAGGGCCAUGAUAGACUCGGAGAACGGGGAGAAGAUGCGGAUGGAGGCAGAGAGGGACUACCUGCGUGACGUGUACGAGCAGAUGAAGGAGCGCUAUGAGGAGGAGACGAGGCAGCGCAUGGAUGCCGAGGAGGCCCUGCAGAGGGCCAAAGAGGAGGCGAACAGGGUCGUGCUCGCCAACUGUGACACCGAGGCCACCGUGGUCUCUCUCUGUGAUGAGAUGGCGUUCCUGAAGAAGGUCUUUGCAGAGGAGCAAGCAGAGCUGCAGGUCCAGCUGCAGAUGGCUAACAUCAGUGUGGACGUGGAAGUGUCCCGGCCCGACCUCUCCACCGCCCUGCGAGACAUCCGGGCGCAGUACGAGCGGCUGGCAAACAAGAACAUGCAGGCCGCCGAGGACUGGUACAAGAGCAAGUUUGCGAGCGUCGCUGAGAUGGCCAGCAAAAACAACGAGGCCGUGCACGCCAUCCGGGAGGAGACCAUGGAGUACCGGAGAUUGCUUCAGACCCGCUCGUCGGAGAUUGAGGCUCUCCGGAACGUCAUCGACUCCCUAAAUAAGCAGCUGGAGGAGCUGGAGGAGACGCAGGCCAAAGAGGUGUCAAAGUACCAGAUGAGGAUAAGUGAGCUGGAGCGGGAUAUCACUGAAGCCAAACAGGAGAUGGCGCGCUACCUGAGGGAGUAUCAAGACCUUCUCAAUGUGAAGAUGGCCCUUGACAUUGAAAUAGCUGCAUACAGGAAACUCCUGGAGGGAGAAGAGAUUCGCCUGGCUUACCCUGCCCUUCCCGCCCUAAACUAAAAUCUAAAUGCCACCAGCCUGGCAUAAACCUGAAAAAAUUCUUCAUACCCCUUCUUUCCCACCCUGACCCAAACAUCACCCUUCCCCCUCCCUCAUUUCUUUUACGUUCUUCCCUCUGUCAUCUUUUGCCCCAAAAUACUCCUUUCUUUACUCCCCCCCAAAAAGCAAACCGCGAACCAAAGCUCAUACUUCUCAAGACAGAUGCGCCCUUGUGCUAAACAAGAGGUCCACCAGAAGUCCCCCUUCUUCUACACACGUUCUGACACCACACAUCAAGAUGACGGCAAACUGUAAAAAUGCAGAGUGGCUGCACUGCAUUAGUUACGUAGCUAUGUCGGACAGCAGUAUUGUUUUUGGCUGAGUUCCUCUCCCUGUCAUACAUGUUAAGAUCCAAGCAGCAGAGUUCACCAUUUGACCCUUGUUAUGCCUCAUUGUGCAAACAUUUGACCAAUUGUUUGUGAAAGAGGGCAAAAAUUUUUGUAUUAUCUCUUGAUGCUUGGACUUUAUCUGUGUUUGAACUGAUGCAAGACACCUGCAGCAUUAUUGACUGGGAACUCUACCAAUCAAUUAUGCUUUGUCCUGCACCCCUGGUUCUAUAGCCGUAGUCAGAGAACCAGUAACCUUAAACAUUUCUUUUAACUAUACCUAUUUUUGUCCUUUUUAGUUAUUCUUCCUCUGCAUUUACAUCUGCAAAAAUACUGCAAGCUUUGGUUAGUUUGAAAAUCAGUGUGACUUUGGGUCUUCCUAUUUGGCUGGUUAUUUAAAUUUCUAAUUUCUAAUUAAACUGUCUUUUCUUGCAUAGCCGUCUGGCUGUGUAAAUGCUUUGGAAGACUAAUUGUUACUGGUUUCUCCUUAUAAUCAUGCAGUGUGUCUCUCAGCCUAUCUGCAUUAGAUUUUGUUCCUUUUGUUCUGUAAGUUCAUUCAAAGCUAAACAAUGAAACUAAAAGUUAAGUGCAGGAACUCCUUGUUGUUUGUCUGCUGAUCUUAGACCUGAUGGUGCUUUACAUCUGUGAAACUAAUACAAAGCCUGCACCAUUAUGCUUGGUGUACCUGUAACAGUCGGCAACAAGCUAAAUAAACAUAUAACUGACCUGCAA